GUAAAUAGGAAUAUUCGUGACACAAGCGCAUCUUUCUGUCUUAUUCUCUUCUUGUCUUGGAAUUGAGCCAAACCAAUUUAUAAGUGAAACUGAGCCAGCUUGUUCCUUGUUCUUUUUCUUUUUAUUAACUUUCAUUUCAGCUUGACCAGAAUUGAGCAGAACACUGCUUGCUUCUGGCAGACAACUUUCAGCUGUGCCAGCAAGCUAUUGCUGGCAGUAUAAAGCAUUUUCCUCGUAGCUAAAUUGCUUAUGAGUCCCCAAAGUGCAUCUGACAAUAGUAAAGCCUUAAAGGGUCUGCAUGGGGUGCAUGUGGUACCUCAUUCACCUUUUCCGCAUCAUGAGAUCACUCAAAGUGGAGAAUUCGACUCUUGUUGUGAAGGUUCUGCUUUUGGAGAGAGUCAACUUCAGUUGAUGCAACGAGUAUGGCAGCAAAGACCAGCAUGCUUGAGGCCUGUUCAUUGUUGUAUUCAGGGUGAUCAGACUCUUGUAGAAAGAUUCGCCAAUGUGCUAACUUCACUUCCAUUUAUUGCUCUUGGAAUUCAAGCCCCAAGGAAGAAUUUGAAUACUAGACUGUAUGCUAAUUCCUUAAUUGGAGUUGGGGUUACGUCAAGUGUGUAUCACUGUUCAAAGGGAAGACUGAGGAAGUAUUUCAGAUGGGCUGACUAUACAAUGAUUGCCGCAGCAACAGUGUGUCUCUCAAGGGCCCUCAGGGAUGAAAGUCCAAAGAUGCUUAUGGCAGCAUCUGCAUUGUUGCUGCCUAUCCAACCUCUGAUGGUUUCAGCUGUCCACACUGGAAUGAUGGAGGUAGCAUUUGCAAAGAGAGCACUUAAAGAUCCAAAUCUCAGGAUGGCACAUAACGUGCAUACGCUAUCGUCGUUACUAGGAGGUGUUCUUUUCAUUGCAGAUGAUGUCUUUCCCCAGACUCCUUUCCUUCACGCUGCUUGGCAUCUUGCAGCAGCCGUUGGUGUGGGAGCUUGCAACAAGCUUCUGGAAUGAUGUAUAUAUCUUGCAUCAACCCCUUAUUCUUCAUUCUAUUUUGCGGAGAAAGUGAAGCUGCAGCUCAUGUGUAAAGGCAAACCGGGCUGUGUUUUCCUCGCAUAUGCUACCAAAUUCACUUAAUAGUAGAAAGGAGCAGGAGCAACUGCCAUGGAUCAGCUUUCAAUGUGCAGUUCAAUGAUUCAACCAUUGUUGACUUGUUGGGGAAUUUAUAUUUUUAUUCACCAUUCAAUAUAGAAAUUAUGUAGCUAUUUUGUUCACUGGUAUAAACGAAGAACCUAAUGGUUUAUGUAAAACAACAGAAUGUUAAGUUUAUGGGCAAUAAAAAAAGAAGCAAUAUUUCUCUUCAAA